UGCUGCGAAAAUACAUAAAAUGCAACAGGUAUGGGCUGUGCAAAAGCUCUUUAGUACAAUCGGAGAACGGGAAGAGCGUUUUCAGCUUGAUUCGGCAAUGAACAAGGAUAUUGAAACAUAUCAGAGAGAAUUAUAACAAACCUGUCACUCAACACCGCGUAUUUUGACGUUCCCGAAACAUUGCCCAAGGUACAUUGUUGGUAACAAUAGCUCAGACGAUUGGCUUUCGCCCCUCCGGAGUCUACCAAUCUCUUUGCGUGUUAGGUUUCGGAUUGAGUCCGCUAAACUUUCGCCCAGUAACCUUUCACCCACACCGUGGACUCAUUUGCAUAUUCAUGAGCGGUUUGUCACAAUCCAUCGAUCUGGUCGUCUGCUGCUAAAUGGCCUUUCUGUGCCUGUGGUUGGUGGGAGGUAGACUGACAAUCAGCCAGUCAGAUCAGCUUUAACGGAAACUUUAUCAGCUCUUGGUAUGUCAUUUGCCGAUGCCUAACUUUUCUCACUUACCCACUUCUCCGAGCGGCAACAUUCUACAUGGGGGCUGUUUGAUUAAAAUGCCCAUACAAUACUACGUGCAGGGAUAAAAUUCUUUAUACAUAUAUUGGUUUAUUUACCCCGUGUAAAUACACAUCCAGGAGAAGUGAAUGGCCGGGGACCACAUGUUAAAAGGUGUCUACACCAACUGAAUUUUCUUCAUAUUUGAUUUAGGAAUCAAAGCGACAACACCUUUCGCUUAUCAUCGGAACGAGAUGAUGAACUAACCCGAAGAACCCCGGGGAAAGUUGUUGACCGAUCAAACCUUAGAGACCCUGCACUGCUGAAAACGUGUCAAAGGAAAACCAGAAAGGAAACAAUCACAUACAUUGUUCCUAUUAAGAGAUUCAUCUUUCCAAUUAAAUUAACAGGUGGAUCUUUCUGAAGCGGUCCAGACUUCGAGAUGGAUGACUAUACCGAAAUGAUGAUGAUGGUGACCAACUAUAGCAAUGCCACUCCUGGUCCAGUCUUACCGGCCUGUUGGCCAGUCCUUGUUGACCCUACGACAUCAGAGCUUCUGAAUACGAUAGGCGGGGACCCCAAGUUUCUUGGGGUGAUGGGGACAGCCAUUGCCCUGACUGUUUUCAAUGUCGGCAUGUACCUCGAGACUCUAUGGUUUCUUUGCAGAAAGAUACCAAGCAGAAGAAAAAUACAGCUCUCAUUCAUCAUGGGUAUAUAUCCAGUAUUCUCAGUUACUUCUCUUCUAGCUAUGUUCAUCCCAAGAGCUUCGAUUAUUACAGGGUUCACAGCUCAUGUAUACUUUUCUCUGGCGCUUGUUCAGUUCAUUAUGUUAUUGACUGGUUACUAUGGUGAUAAAGAUAAGAUGUUAAGGAUAUUAGAUGGUACAAUUAUUCCACUGGCCACGCCACCACUCUCUAUGUUCUGUGUGUGCUGUCUACCAAAAGUUCCAAUUAAUAAGUUUACGCUUCCCAAAUUCGUGAAGUUAAUUCGUGGUUUGGUGCUUCAGGUUGCCAUCAUCAAACCUCUUUUCUACUUUCUUGGUGCUGUCUUAUGGCUCAAUGGAUCAUUCAUUCCAGGCGAUUUUUCAAGUUCUGGAACCUACUUGUGGUUCAACGUCAUCUAUAUUGUCUCGACACUCUUCGCGCUCAACGGCAUCAUCAUCUUCUACAGGUUGUCAAAUGAACCGCUCAAGGAAUACCACCUUACGCCGAAAUUCUUCACCGUCCAGCUCACCCUCAUUCUCACAAACGUCCAGUCUUUCACCAUUGGUAUCUGCGCCAUCACAGGGGGUAUCGCCUGUAAGCCACCCUUCCAUCCAGGCUUGAGGGCGCUUUACAUCGAUAGUUUACUCAAUAUCAUCGAGAUGUUUCUCUUCAACAUCUUCGCUACCGUCUGGUACCGGAGGAUGAAAGGCAACAUGGGUCGCGACCAACUCCUUGAAAGGCGCGACUACGCCAGACUAAGCCAGAACUCAUACCGUCAAGAUGCAGCCAAACAGAUCGCCCUGGGUGACGAAAACGACAACAAGACCGAUCUGGCUCUUUACAAACCAGACGUCGGGAGGAAUACCACACAAAAUGGCGGCUCGUCUGUUCACCUGGAGGGAGAUAAUCCGUGGCAUCAGUUUGGCAGUGAGCAUGAAAGCGAGCAGAAGCAGCCGUUUCUUCAUGUGGUUGCAAACCAGCCGAAUGGAAGUGUUGCAUGUAAGGUGACCAAUGAAACUUCUCAACAGCAACCAUCAUCACCGCGAAAGAACUUUCAGGAAGAGACUGUCGAAAGAGGCUCAAUCAAGUCAGGGUCGAUUCCGUGGAGUGGUUCGGGGUCAGACAGGGAGACGGAUGUCUAGGAUCGGAAUUACAAAUCCACCGGUUCAAAUCCCACACAGGACUUUAUGCAAUCACUUUCUUUGACGCCGAGAGGUUUCAGAAUACUUUUGCCAUCGCCGAAACAGCAUUAAUCGUCUCUUGAGCCUGUCGUGCUUGCUAAUCAACACAUUUAAAAACUUGAUGAUUCUUAUGCAAACUUUUUUCGUUUCCAUAUGUUUGAGGAAACUGCUCUCCAAAAUUCAGCUCUUAUUAAGGACGUAAAAUCUUUCUCUUGUACUUUACUGACCUUACACUUCAAUAACGUUCCCGCUCGUACCAUGCUUACACAGCAAAAUGGCAAAUGUUUGUAUAUUUAUUAACAUUCAGAUUAUUUUAUGCUAUCUAUACCAAAAUUCACUUUUAUAACCUAUCAUGAGUAGUGUUUUUUUUUUACAUUUUGUAAUUUUGAAAAUGUUUUUUGGGAGAUGACUACCGUUUAGUACUGACGAUGGAAGGAAAGAGUUUAGCACGACAUCUAUAAAUAUAUAUUGAAAUAGUUGACAAAGUCCCGAACCCGUUUUCAGCUUUUAUAUGAGAAAAUGGUUUGAUUGAUAAUUUAUUAUAUACAAUGCAAAUGUCUGCAUAUGAAAUGGUAAAUUCAUAUUGACCAUUAUCACUUAGAAAAAUGUAGUUGUUUUACUUUCACAUUCCUUACUGUUAUUUUUUACAGAUAUACUGACCAAAAAGUUCAUGUCUAUAUGUUAUGAUAUUUUACAGACAUUAAUAUCCGCAUCACAUUGAAUUCUUCCAUGUAUAUGUGUAAGAGAGUAGAGCUUGGUCAUGGUUGUGGAUCCUUUUAAAGAGGCUUGGCACCCGUGUUAUGCAUUAGAGUAUUUAUGUUAUAAUAUCACCUGGUAUUUAUCAUCACUUUUCUGAUGGAAUCAGUAUUGCUUGCGCGAUUUGUGUAAAGAGGCUUACUAUAAUGAUGAAAAUAGAACAGCGGUAAGAUGUCAUCCUGAGUAAAUGUUUCGAAAUCCUUUUUGUAAACGUUUUUGAAAAAAUAUUGCAUUUGAUUUAACUUGAUUUCAAAUCUUUAAAUUUCUCCUAUACAUUAAUGUUAUGCUAAAACAGAGUGACACAGGGAAUAUUGACAAUCUGAUCUGAGAGGAUCUCGAAGCAAAUACAUGUACUUUUUGUUUUGCAUGCAAUGUGGAUGACGUACCUAAAAAACACAGCUAUUGUUUCAAGUGCCUUAUACGUCUCUUUAUAUCCAUACCAAUUUUGAAAUAAUCCACAUGCCGUUCAAAUAUGAUUGAUUGGUUAAUUUAUAUGAUUUUUCAGGUAUAAAAAAUGCAAAUAUGAUAUUUAGGGCAUCAAAAUAUGUCAUCAGAAUUGACAAUUCUACGAUGAAAUUUAAAUAUUACAUCAAGACGUUAAAUCCAGGGUAUAAAUGGCAAAAGCGCCUUGAGCACAUUGCAGAGUAAAUACGUGCUCUACAUAUUAAUUUCCACUAUUAUUGUUAAUGAUAUUCAUCAUGGAUAAUGUCGUAAAUAAAUUAUUUUCUAUCUA